AUGGCUUCUUCCAUCGAGACUGGUCCUUCGGACUCUCCUGCAGACUUUGAAGACAGGCUGCGGCAGUACAGACCUCAUAUACAGGUCACCAAUAUUGAAACACCGCAGCAGCGAUUUCCUCGCCAUGGAGAUCAUGCAAACCCACAGACAGCCACCUGGAGAAGUAACUUGGCGGCACUCUCGCAGCGACGAAACUUGCUUUUCACUGCUCAGGGAGCAGAUAUCUAUGUCUGGAUACCAAAGGGGUCCAGUCAAUUGCUUGGCUCUCAACCUGAGAUGAUUGUUCACCCAGUGAUGAACCAACCCCAUGCAUCUGGCUACAUUGAUCUCUCUAGACCUCAUACUAUCAACAACCUCAUUGUGGAUGAUCUGGGGGUGGAUGAAGUACUAUUACUGGUGACUGACUCCGGUAAUGUGACCGGUUACAACGUGGAGGCGAUUUUCUCAGCGAUGGGCCGAUGCGCAAAACUUCAACACCGGCGGCCUUUUGAUGGCGCUGAGGUAAAGCCAUUCUUUGCCGAGAACGUUGGGCAAAGUGCAUGGGGCUUGGCAGCCCACAAAUUCGCUCGUCUGAUCGCCGUGAGUGCGAACACAGGCGAUAUCACAGUGUUCGCAUUUGCAAUGGUGGAGGAUGCACCUGGCACGGACAAUCUCUCUACUGCCUCUGAAAUUUCUGGACUUGAUCCCGGAUGGGGUCAAUCGGGACAACCCUGGGUGUUGAUCGAAGACGACGAACAAAUGAUGGAGCUGAAAAAGAAAAUGCCUGAUCACCGGACACAAAACCUACGACUCACCUAUGCUGGUCAUUUUGAGAACAUCCCGUGUGUGUCAUUUGCUAACUUUGAUUUGGACCCCAAUGGGACGUGGAUGGUGAGUACCGACAUUUUCAACAGAGUGUUGGUUUGGAAAAUCUGGGAAGCCAUGGGACCCAUCAGGUCGUCUAGUUAUGGUAUUCAAGCCCAUGAUCAACCCGAAAGAGGCUGGUCCGUUUUGCCCAUAGACCCACGCAGAGUCCACCAACAUCGCUUGAAGGUCGACGCCUGUGGGUGUCGGCCCCAGGAACGGAAUGACGACAAUCGACUCACUUUCGACAUCACGGGCAUGGUUGACCAUCUGACAGAUUGGACCCCAAUGGUCGCUCCAUCAUGCCGCGAACCUCUACCAACCCACCACAUCUUGCCUAACGAUAUCUUUUCGCCUGAAUGUAUCAUUGAUACAAAUCCUAAAAGGAGAGCUUCUAGCUCCGGAGCCGAGGUGUCAUCUACGGAAGCAUCACCCGAUAAAUCCGCCAAUGUCAGUGCUCGUGUGAACCUGGACCGAAAGAGCACUCGCGAGACUGAGGCCUCUGACGGGAGCGAGAAGUCUCAACCUCCCUCUCUUCGGGUGAAACGAGGCAUUCCGGAUCUUGUUGAGGAGGCGAAUGAACACCUCAAGUCAUACCCAGGCCUCGAAGGAGAAUCUCAUGACGUCGAGGCUCUCUUGAAUCUGCAACAGCGUUUUCCAUUCCACCCACACAACCCUCAAUUCUUCCCCAUUGUUCACUUCUCCGAGCACGAUAUCAGUCUAGUUCCGUACCCGUGCGACUCAGCCGUCCAAAUAGUCGCCGAGGCCCCUCUUAGUCAGUCGUGGCCAGGCAGAUCGCAAUAUGGUCCCAUACACGAGGCCUGCGAUCGUAUGAACAUGAUCAAAUAUGUCCCCGAGCUGGGAAUUAUCAUUGCCGCCUCUCAGAAGGGCCGGGUUGCUAUAAUAACGCUCACCUGGCAAGCUGAAAUCGGCCACUCUUUCCGUGUUGACUGGAUUCUGCCAUUCAACUCGCAAAACACGGAUCUCGAUGCCCCGAAGGUGCCUCUGAUGGGCAUGGCUGUGAGCCCCAUGCCUGGAUUUGAGCAACCACUAGAUGUUCCAUCCAUUCCCCGAAGAUUCGAGCCAAAGGAAUGGUUAAAGUUCGACCACCGUCUACUCAACCCCGAGAAAGACGAUGAUCCCUCCGUCCCCUUAUCUGAUAGCCGCUCUCCUCACAAUUUCAACCUGGCCAAAGACAACCCUGGCUCACACUCUGCUGGUCAGAAUGACUCAGACCCUGACGCGCCACCUUCUCGAUCAAAUCCCCUCAACCCGAAUACGGACGAGGCCGAUGAAGACAACGAUCCUUUCCUGACAUUGCCUGAGCUUCAUGCCCUUGCUUCUGAUAUCUACCAACCCCACGAGGAGUGGCACGGCUGGCACCCAUCUCGACACUACCGACUGCUUCUACUGUUCUGCGACGGGUUGAUCAUGAGCUACGAAUUCUGGCACACCUGGAAGAAUUAA